AUGACAUUGAUCGGAUCUUUCUUUGUCAUGUUCUGUUCAGUUGGUUUCAUCAACGCUUUCGGUAUCUUCGAAGAAUACUAUGGCACAGUGUAUCUGCCAAGUAAAUCUGCCUCCGACAUUUCAUGGCUGGGAUCUUUCAAUCUGUUCAUCAUGUUUGGAUUAACCCUUCCUGUAGGAUUCUUGAACGAUAAAUUCGGUCCUGAGGUUUUGAUGAAGGUCGGCUCAGUCAUUACCUUACUGGCGCUCUUCCUCGCUUCCAUCUCUAAGUCCUAUGCUACACUUUUCCUCACACAAGGAUUCCUCUUUGGUCUCGGGUGCGCCAUCACCAUUUUGCCCGCCUUUGCUACAGUCCCACGAUGGUUCGUCAAAGGUCGUGGUCUCGCAAUGGGUAUCGUCGUCUCUGGCUCCUCUCUCGGUGGUGUCAUCUGGCCCAUCGUCCUCCGUCGCCUGUUGUACAACCCCAGCGUAGGAUUUGGCUGGGCGGUCCGAAUUUCUGCCUUCAUCAUGCUGCCUCUCCUUCUCAUUGCUUGCGUCACCAUCAAACUUCCCAAGACGAACAAAGCUCAAGGUCAUGGCAAACCGGAUUUAUCCAUCGUCAAGAAUCCCGUAUUAAUCAUCCUCGCUUGCUCACUUUUCUUCGUAUACUUAGGCCUCUUCUCCCCAUUCUUUUAUAUCACCGGAUGGACUAUAUCGCUCGGACUUAACGUCAACAUGGGUUUCUAUAUGGUUUCCAUCAUCAACGCUGCCUCGCUGUUUGGCAGAAUCAUUCCUGGCGUCCUGGCCGAUAAAAUGGGUCCCUACAACGUCAUGAUCUUAUCUGCAGGUCUAUCCGGUAUCAUUUGCGUUACUUGGACAUCUGCGAAGUCAAUCGGAACUAUUGUUGUUCUGUCACUGGCGUACGGUUUUGCUUCAGGUGCUGUCAUUGGUCUUCAAGGCGCAUGCGCAGCAGCCAUCGCAAAGCCAUCUCAAUAUGGUGUCGCGAUGGGUGCUAUGAUGGCUGUUGUUUCCAUCGCUGGCUUGAUCGGCUCUCCCAUCAACGGUCAAAUUUUGGCCGCUCAUGGCUACCUUGGCGUCGCGCUCUUUUCAGGUCUUGCGUUGAUUCUUGGAAUGGUGGUCUUGAUUCCGGCGAGGUUAAAACUUAACCGCAAUCCAAUCGCGAAGGCAUAA